ACGACACAGCAUAAUCAUCAUUAUCUAUCUAUUAAGUAUUAAUCUCGAAAUUUUUAAAAUAAAUUUUAAUUAUACAGAUCAACUUGGCAACAAGGUUACUACAUUUAGAUCAGUUACAGACAAUGAUAAUAAAUUUUGGUUAGCUAAUUAAGCAUAUUAGCCGUUUUAAUUAUCUAAAUAUGGUUUUAUAAUCUGUCAUCUUCUCUCCUUUACAAAUUUCAGAUUUACUUACAGGGAAAGGAAAAGAUAAUCUUUUGAUUAUUUAGAUUUAUUUCAAAUCUUGAAUGGAAAAGCCAAAACAGAACCGUUAUGGUUUGCUUUAUUUUUGCUUUUGUAUGGAAAGAUAAUCUGCAAAUGAUGUGUAAAAUCCGGGUUUCUUGAAGAGGAUUCAGUCUAUUCUUCUCUUUUCAGAUUUUGUCCCUAUUCGGUGGCUUUUGCAAACUAGCAGAAAGAAGUCUUAUCGGUUCCUUCAGAUUUAAGCGAAUUCUGCCAUGGCAGAAGGUGCUUCAUCGGUUAUGCUUGAAACUGAUGUUACUGCUUUAGAAGAAGCACUUUAUGCACAACAGAAACUUUUGCAAAAACUUAAUGUAGAAGUCGAAGAGGAAAGAGAAUCUUCAGCCACUGCAGCUAGUGAAGCUUUAUCCAUGAUUAUACGUUUGCAAGGCGAAAAGGCAUCGCUAAAGAUGGAAGCAAGUCAAUAUAAGAGGAUGGCAGAAGAAAAAAUAUGUCAUGCAGAAGAAGCUUUAGCGAUCUUCGAAGAUCUAAUAUAUCAAAGAGAAAUGGAAGUUGCUUCUCUUGAAUAUCAAGUUCAAGCAUACAGGUAUAGACUAAUAAGCAUGGGAUGUGAUGAUAUAAGCAUUCAUGAAAAUAAAUUUCCGGAGAAUCUACUAGGUCAAAGAAGUGAGUUUUUAUUUGGUGAUAAGGCUGUUAAUAGCAAUUCAUGGAGACUCAAUUCUUUGCCUCAGGCUCUUAUCAAAGAUCCCAAUCAUAAGAAAAGUGUUCUUGACAGAAUAAGAGCAUCGCAUCCUGGAUUAGAAUCAUUAUGGAGUCCUAUGGAUGACAUAUUGAUUCAAGAGGUUGAUGAGUCAGAAAAGAGACUGGGAAGUUUCGCGGCUAAAGAGAGUCUAGACCUUAGUACAUAUUGGGAGCAUAUAAGAAAAUGGGAUGAGAGAGUAAAAGAGACUACUGGCAGUAAAGACUCAGGAAGAAACAGAACAACAACUACACUCUUGAAAGGUGGGAGUUGGUCUCCAUCAGAAUUUUCGCAAGUGAAUGCUUAUAUUGAUUCCAUAACAGAAGUAAAUGUUACUACAUCAGAUCAAGUUAAAAAUGCAGAAAGUUUACAAGAAAGACAAGACAUUAUUGAUUCUCCUUGCUCUUCCAGUGUCCAUGAUGUGUUUGAAGUUCCAGAAAGUAAGGAGACUCGUAGCGCUUUUGAAUCUUGGAAAAAGACACAUUGUAAAUUGACUUUGGAACCCGAAGUCAGGUUAGGGAAGCUGGAACUAGCUGCUGAGGAUGCUCUCAAAUCGCCUAGUACGAUUGAAGCAGAGAAGGUUAAGGCAAUGUUAAUAUCUGCUUCUCAGGACAGGAAAUUAAAUAAAACAAGAAAUGCAGCAAACCUUGCUCGUUGUAUUUCGCCUGUUCUUCCUGCAGCCAAUUCUCCUAUUGAAUAUCAGCAGCUGAAUUGGAGAGUAGAAAGGCUCGAGAGAGCGAGAAAUAAUACGAAGCAAGAAAUUAGUGGAGAAGGAGGAGGAGAAGAGGUGUUGAGUAUAUUGAAGGAGCUUCGCGAAAGACUUAACUCUAUAGAUUCUGAAAUGAAAAGCUGGAAAGCUACGAAAUCAUAUUUUCCUGAUGAACCAUCUUUAGAUCCUCUUCAAGAGGCCAUGUUGUACUUCUGGAUUUAACCAAAUCAUAUAAUUGCAGAGGACUGUUGUUUAACAUUCUUGUAAUUUAUUAUACAAACUUAGCUGGAUUUGAUUUUUUUUUUCUUUUUUUGGUUGGAAUAGUAUGAAAAUUGAGAGGAAAAUACUUUUGGAUUAGAUUUGAUUUUCCAUUUGAAUGGAUUUUUUGUUAUAGAAAUUUCAUAUUGUACAUUAGCCAUAGAACAAGUCUUUUUUUUUAUUUUUUUUAUUUUUUAUUUUUAUGUAUUCUUUCCAGCGAGCUUAUGAUAUAUGUCUGUUAGUUCUCAUUAAAUAUGGAUUGUUA